AUGGGAGUUGGAGUCAGAAUGGAUUCAGUACUACUUCCUGCUUUGACAAGGAAGACCAAGAAACUUCGGCUGUUGACUGAAAAGUUGUUCGCCUGCCAAACCCUUUCUCCUCGAAGAAGUGAACCCAGAGGCAGGAUGUCUUUGAUGGAGCGUGGGGCGGUUCGCCCAAUUACGGCAGUGGCGUGGACCUCCAACUCCAGUACCUGCCCCAAAGAUUACAGCCUGAUCAGCCUCACAGAAGACGGAGUAGCUGCGAACUUUACACGCAGCUUUGGGAUGAAGUCUGGAUAUUACCUCUGUUACAGCAAGGACUUGGCAGGUGGGAUGGUGGUGUCAGAUAUUCAGCUGAUUUCAGACAAGGACUCUAUUCCUCAUGGUUAUAGCUAUAUAGCAGAGCACCUUGAACCAAAGACCUCUGUUUCGAAGAAGAAACGUGUGUGUGUGAGCAUCGUCCCAGUGGGCAGUGUGGACACAGCUGUGUUGGAUAUUAAACUGACAGCCAAAAGCAAAAUGAUGCUGCAGCAUUACACAUAUGUUGGAGACAUCCAUGGCUACGUGUUGUGGUGCAGAAAGGGCUAUUUUUCUAGCCCCGUGCCCCAAGCCAAGCCCCGCAGUGUCAGCCUGGACCUCCGCAGAUUCUCAUUGGAGCAACCGUCUGCUCCUCUGCCGCUCAGACCCAGCAACCCUCCUCCUGCACUGCCUCAAAAUAAACUGAGUCAGAGACGCUGCAACCUCCACACCAAGGACAACUUGGACAAACCUGCUGACGGCAGUAUCCAGGGAAUCACAGCUCUAGAUGGAGUUCCCUUCAGCCUUCACCCAAAGUUUGAUAUCCAGGCAAAUGGCACGACUCUUCAGCUGAACUCUCAGUUAAACAACAUUCGCAUAAAGUCUCUCCAAGACAUUGAAAAUGAGUAUAACUACAAUUUUGUUGUGGAGGAAUCUGCUGCCAAGAGGACCAGACCAUCAGUGUCGGCAGGAAGCACUCCAUCAGCUCAGUGAUUUUGAACUUUGACAACAAUAUCACAUCAUGGUACAGAUGAAGGUGUCCACCGUAGGCUUACAAUAUUAGGCUUCAAGUGGAAUUAUAAGGAUUUAUCUUAACAGCGUCAAUUAAAAGGUCAUCUAUGACGAGUCAUACUUUAUAGCUUCCCUUCUAUUUCUUUUUAUUUGUCUGUACUUCACUACCAAGUUUCUAUUUGCCAAAGGAAAGGCCUGUUUGAAUGAUAAUUAUAUUGUCUUAACAUGUCUUUAGACUGUUCACCUUUUGUAGGACUACAGUCUUUAAAGGUGUUAAAGGGUUAAAGGCGUAAUGACUCUACCAAUCUGUAGGGCAUCUACUACUCAUCUCCAGCAUUAAGUUUACUGCCAGAAAAAUGCUUUAUUAUAUCAUGAAGAUGCACCUGACAUUGAAGACUUGUGCUGUUUGCUUUGUUGUAUAUUACCUGAUAUCCUCGCGUGUUACGCGUCUUUGAUUGUUUAAAUCAUUAAGAUUUUCUCAAGCAGAGCCGUAAUAUUGAUGGAUGAACGUUUUCGCAGAUGUUGAACUGAACUCCCUAGAUAGACUCAACAGAUCUAAAUGUGGGAUAUGGGGUAUUUCUUGUAUGAAGAGCUACCUACUAUCAGUUUUGUAUUAUUCCAAAAAGUAAUAUUAUAUCCUAUUUUAAGGUAAAUGGAGAAAGGUUGUAUAUUUUGCUAUUUAGUGUGUUACUUAAAUAAGAUAAUGUGGUAAAAAAGGGGGAGAGAAUCUGUUUGUUUUUUUAAACUGUGGUGGAAUAAGGACCAAGUAUAUUUAUCUUGGUUAUUGUAAAAUAUAUAAAGUUAUGUUUUUUUAUGGUCUGUAUAUCAAAGUGUAAUUGCAUGGAAAAAAUAAAAAAAUAAGAAGCACCACUUCAGGUGUGUUGGUUUUACAUACAGUGCAAACUUACAGAAAUACUGUAGAUUGAGGCACGUUUGAGAAAAAGUCUAUUUAUUUAGAUGCAUUUGAUUGAGCAUAUAUCCUACAUGUACCAUUUUAUUCCUCCCUCUGGUUAUGAUGGAGAACUCCUACAGUUCUUUACCAUUUUGACUAAAAUUUUCAAUGUAAAUGCAGCAUCACACUUUUCUAUUUGAAUGUAUUCGGAAAAACCAACACUAUGGAGCAAUAUACUGCCAUCUGCUGUACUAUUUUGGACUUGAAAUAUGUUAUGUAUACAUUGCCUAUUACGUCAUUCUCCCUGCAUAGUAAACUGUUGUGCAACCUC